UUAUUUUUGCGCGUAACUUUUGUCCUCCUAAUGUCACUAUUAACAGGUACCGCUUGUCAUGUUUUGUAACCCGUACAUUCCCUGGGUCAGCUGACCAAGUACAAAGAUUCACAAGUGAGACGAUGCAUCUCUCGUUCUUAAACGUGGGAAAAAAUAAAUAAACGGAAUACCGUUGAGGGAACUCAGAAUCGAAAAAUCCCGCCAUGUGAUUUGAACACAUCAUAUUAGCGAUUAUUUCCAGGUGUAUAUUUACUUUGUUGUGUGGCGUUAGAAGCGACAUUUAAUAGCGUUAGAGUGCCACCUCUGUUUCCCUUCUGAGUAUAUCUUUGGAAGACCUAUGCGGAAUUAUAUUUUCGUUCCUACCAAAACAUUGCGCCGGAAUAUAUUUUGUGUAGCACCGUAACUGUUUCCGCCUUUUACGGACACGUCACCCGACAGCGCUAGCUCGCCGGUGUUUAACCACAUUAAUCGGGAAAAAACAAAUAAUAACAGCACAAUAAUGUCGGCAUCGGUUCUGUCUGUAAUUUCCCGGUUUCUUGAGGAAUACACCACUUCGACGCCCAACAAGCUGAAAGUGGUGGAUGCCUAUUUGCUGUAUAUCCUGCUGACGGGAGUGCUUCAGUUCCUGUACUGUUUGCUCGUUGGAACCUUCCCCUUCAACAGCUUUCUGUCUGGCUUCAUCUCCUGUGUGGGCUCUUUCAUUCUUGCGGUGUGUCUUCGUAUCCAGAUCAACCCACAGAACAAAGGGGACUUCUUGUCCAUCUCACCAGAGAGAGCCUUUGCUGACUUCCUGUUUGCUCACACCGUCCUGCAUCUCGUUGUCAUGAACUUCAUUGGUUGAGCAACUGCUAUUCUUUUUGGGAAGAUGCAGACAUGAGAAGCUCAGAAAAGAAAAACAUUGAAGACAUCAGCUUUGGUACCCCCAUCUAUUUCACCUUUUUUCCAUUUUGCAUUUAGACAUACAAAUAAAAAUGGUGACAAAUUUGAAA